UCCCCUCCUCCUCCUCAGCCUCAGAGAGCGAGUCGCCAAGAUGGAGCCCGAAGACCUGCCGUGGCCCGGUGAGCUCGAGGAGGAAGAGGAGGAGGACGAGGAGGACGAGGAGGAGGAGGUGGAGAAGGAGGAGGAUGAGGAGAAGGCGGAGGAGACGGAGACGGAGACGGAGACGAACUUGGACGAGGUUGAGGUGGUGAUGGUGGAGGACGAUGACGCGCGGGAACUGGACGCGGACUUGACCUACGAGAGCCAGCCUCUGGAGAGUACGGACGACGAGGAGGACGAGGAGGCCAGGGCUUGGCUGCAGGCGCACCCCAGCGGGACUUUGCCUCUGCCGCCGCUACCGAAGCACCGCUACACCGACAGCAAGCGGAUCCGCUCCGAGAAGAUUCUGUUGACUGGUCAUGUAUGGAAACAGUCAUGUCAAGACAAUAGUAGAACACAGAUUUCUGAUACUAAUGUGGUCUCUUUGGAAGAUACAACUCACUUGGAUUCUGGAGAUGACCAGAGAACAGAAUCUUGGCAUUUUCUUCCUCAAGAAAUCGACUCUUCUCACACCUUGGAUACAACUCAGACCAGGUUUAAUGUGAGAAAGGAAGGGACAGAAGUGACAGACUCCCCCUCUGUGGAGGAAGGUAUAUUGACCCAAUCAGAAAAUCAAGUAAAGGAGCCCAACAGAGAUCUCUUAUGUUCUCCAUUGCUAGUCAUACAAGACAGUUUUGCUUCUCCUGAUUUGCCUUUGCUGACAUGUUUGACACAAGAUCAAGAGUUUGGGCCUGAUUCCUUAUUUCAUGAAAGUGAACUAGAUUUUGCACCUCUGAGGGGAAUUCCUGGUAAGUCUGAAGAUACCGAGUGGUUUUCUCGACCGUCUGAAGUUAGUGAAGCUUUAUUCCAGGCAGCCUCGGAAGUAGCUUCAGAUUUAGGUAACAGUCGCUUUAGUGUAUCUCAGCACCCACUUAUAGGUAGUUCAGCUGUAGAGUCUCAGGGCUCUUUUUUACCUCCUGAACAAGGAACCAAAGAGGAGACUAUUUCAUCUGAUACAGUUGAUGAACUGAAAACCCCCAAAGACUCUGAUAGUUAUGCUCUUUGUUCAUAUAUGUCAUGGAAGACACAAGAAGUUACACAGGAGCCAGAAACUGAUUUAGCUGAUAAAGAUCAAGUUUCCUUUUCAACUUCAUCUGAUACAAGUGAUGAAUACGUAACUCCUAAAGAAAGUGACACUUUUGUUGCUGCUUGUUCGUAUGUGCAGUAUUGGAAACAGGAAUUUUUACAGCAAUCAGAAAACUAUUUAACCAGAGAGGACCAUGAUCCUUGUUCAGAUUCAUCUGACACAACUGAUAAAAAUAAAAUUCCUGAGGGAAGUGACAGUUUUAGCACCCCUAUUUCAUGUAUGCCAUGGAGCAAACAGAGAGUUUCAUAUCAUCCAGGAACAUGUUUAAUCGAAGGCCUCCAGGGGAAGGCUGAAUCUGACAUCUUUACUCUGGGUGAUGAUACUGAAUGCUGUAGCCUAGAUGAAAAUGCUGUUGUGUGCAGUAAAAGAGUUGCCGAACUACAAAGAGAGGUAUGUGACCAAAGUGACUUGACUGAUGAGUGCAUUGAGCUAGCAGGCUUCGAAAAUUUGCUUGAUGAUCUAGAUAUUUGUGACAGCUCCCUGCAGUGGCAGUCUGAUUUACAUCUACCAUCCAAAGAAGAGAGCAGUUUUGAAGAGCUUGUAGGUCAUUCUAAUAUGGACAUUAAUCAGUCUUUUUCAUCUGCAUUGCCUCCAUUUGUUCCUCAUGAGCCAACCAGAGAGUUUGAAUAUCACUCUUCAGAUCUCAGAAUGUUGAGGGUAUCUCCUGAGAUUAUGCCAGAGACUUUUAUACAUUUAGCAGAAGAUAAUUCUAAAGGAGGCACAACUGAAAUUACUCAAUCCAACUUGAAACCAGGCAUCACUACCAUUCCUGGAGAUUCACACAUCGGAUCUCAUUUACCCUUGUCCCCUGAAGACUUUCCUCAAUUUGUCGUAAGGUCUUCUGUGGAGAAUACUGUUGGUCAACACACUGAUACUCUCAACCAACAAAUAUUGGCAGAUGGUCGUGUAACUGAAGAGACACCAGAUGUUUCAGCUGUUCCUGAACUAGCAGACCAGAAGACUGGGAUAUCAGCAGUACUCUCUAGUUCCUACUCACGAAGAGAGAAACCCAGCGUUUUCUACCCACAGGCCUUGAGAAACAGUAAUCUAACUGAAGAGGCUCUAAGAGUUUUAGCUGUUUCUGGAGCUGCUGACCAGAAGGCUGGCAUAUAUACAAUUCCUCCAAGUUCCUACUUACUUGGAGAGAAGCAUAAUAUUUUCUACCAACAGGCAUUGCCAGAUAGUCACACAGAAGGGGCUCUGAAAGUUUCAGCUGUUCUUGCACCUGUUGACCAGAAGACUGAGAAAACAACAGUACCUUCUACUUCUUACUCAAAUAGAGAGAAGCCCUUUGUUUUCUCCCAGCAACAGCUACCAGGCAGUCAUCUAACUGAACAGACUCUGAAAGUUUCAGGUUUUGCUGAACCAGCUGAUCAAACUACUGGGAUACCAACAGUACCCUCUACUUCUUAUUUACAUGGAGAGAAGCCCCAUGUUUUCUAUCAACAGACAGAAAGUCAUUUCACUGAAGAGGCACUGAAAGUUUCAGCUUCUCCUGGACUUGCUGACCAGAAGAGUGGGAUACCUACAGUAACCUCUACUUCUUACUCACAUAGAGAGAAGCCCUUUAUUUUCUCCCAACAAGAGCUGCCAGACAGUCAGCUAAUUGAACAGUCUCAGCAAGUUUCAGCUGCUCCUGUACCCACUGAACAGAAGACUGGGAUAUCAACUGUACCCUCUACUUCUUACUCACAUGGAGAGAAACUCCAUAUUUUUUAUCAGCAGGUGUUAACAGAAAGUCAUCUAACUGAACAGGCACUGAAAGUUCCAGCUGCCCUUGGUUCUGCUGAAGAGAAGAUUGGGGUACCAAUAGUACCCUCUACUCCUUACUCACAUAGUGAGAAGCCCAGUGUUUUCUACCAACAAGAGUCACCAGACAGUCAUCUAACUGAACAGCCUCAGCAAAUCUCAGCUGUUUCUGGAUUCACUGACCAGAAAACUGGGGUUCCAACAGUUCCCUCUACGCCUUACUCACGUAGAGAGAAGCCCAGUGUUUUCUACCAGCAGGAGUCACCAGACAGUCAUCUAACUGAACUACCACCCCAAAUUUCAGGUGUUUCUGGAUUCACUGACCAGAAGACUGACGGGAUACCAACAGUAACUUCUGCUCCUUACUCACAUAGAGAGAAGCCCAGUGUUUUCUACCAACAGGAGUUGCCGGACAGUCAUCUAACUGAACAGCCUCAGCAAAUUUCAGGUGUUUCUGCAUUCGCUGACCAGAAGACUGGGGUUCCAACAAUAACUUCUACUCCUUACUCACAUAGAGAGAAACGCAGUGUUUUCUUUCACCAGGAGUUGCCACACAGUCAUCUAAGUGAACGGGCAUUGAAAGUUCCUGCUGCUCCUGGAUCUGCUGAAGAGAAGACUGGGGUACCAACAGUACCCUCUACACCUUACUCACAUAGAGAGAAGCCCAGUGUUUUUUACCAACAGGAGUUGCCGGACAGUCAUCUAACUGAACAGUCUCAGCAAAUUUCAGCUGUUUCUGGAUUCGCUGAUCAGAAGACUGGGAUUCCAACAGUAACUUCUUACUCACAUAGAGAGAAGCCCAGUGUUUUUUACCAACAGGAGUUGCCAGACAGUCAUCUAACUGAACAGCCUCAGCAAAUUUCAGCUGUUUCUGGAUUCGCUGAUCAGAAGACUAGUGGGAUUCCAACAGUAACUUCUUACUCACAUAGAGAGAAGCCCAGUGUUUUUUACCAACAGGAGUUGCCAGACAGUCAUCUAACUGAACAGCCUCAGCAAAUUUCAGCUGUUUCUGGAUUCGCUGAUCAGAAGACUAGUGGGAUUCCAACAGUAACUUCUUACUCACAUAGAGAGAAGCCCAGUGUUUUUUACCAACAGGAGUUGCCGGACAGUCAUCUAACUGAACAGUCUCAGCAAAUUUCAGCUGUUUCUGGAUUCGCUGAUCAGAAGACUGGGAUUCCAACAGUAACUUCUUCUCCUUACUCACAUAGAGAGAAACGCAUUGUUUUCUAUCAGCAGGAGUCACCAGACAGUCAUCUAACUGAACAACCUCAGCAAAUCUCAGCUGUUUCUGGAUUCACUGACCAGAAAACUGGGGUUCCAACAGUUCCCUCUACGCCUUACUCACGUAGAGAGAAGCCCAGUGUUUUCUACCAGCAGGAGUUGCCGGACAGUCAUCUAACUGAACUGCCUCAGCGAAUUUCAUCUGUUUCUGGAUUCACUGACCAGAAGACUGGUGCGAUACCAACAGUAACUUCUUCUCCUUACUCACAUAGAGAGAAGCCCAGUGUUUUUUACCAACAGGAGUUGCCGGACAGUCAUCUAACUGAACAGCCUCAGCAAAUUUCAGCUGUUUCUGAAUUCGCUGACCAGAAGAUUGACAGGAUACCAACAGUAACUUCUUCUCCUUACUCACAUAGAGAGAAGUCUAGUGUUUUCUACCAACAGGAGUUGCCAGACAGUCAUCUAACUGAACAGCCUCAGCAAAUUUCAGCUGCUUCUGAAUUCGCUGACCAGAAGAUUGACAGGAUACCAACAGUAACUUCUUCUCCUUACUCACAUAGAGAGAAGCCUAGUGUUUUCUACCAACAGGAGUUGCCGGACAGUCAUCUAACUGAACAGCCUCAGCAAAUUUCAGCUGCUUCUGAAUUCGCUGACCAGAAGAUUGACAGGAUACCAACAGUAACUUCUUCUCCUUACUCACAUAGAGAGAAGCCUAGUGUUUUCUACCAACAGGAGUUGCCGGACAGUCAUCUAACUGAACAGCCUCAGCAAAUUUCAGCUGCUUCUGAAUUCGCUGACCAGAAGAUUGACAGGAUACCAACAGUAACUUCUUCUCCUUACUCACAUAGAGAGAAGCCUAGUGUUUUCUACCAACAGGAGUUGCCGGACAGUCAUCUAACUGAACAGCCUCAGCAAAUUUCAGCUGUUUCUGGAUUCACUGACCAGAAGACUGACGGGAUACCAACAGUAACUUCUGCUCCUUACUCACAUAGAGAGAAUCCCAGUGUUUUUUACCAACAGGAGUUGCCAUACAGUCAUCUAACUGAACAGGCACUGAAAGUUCCAUCUGCUCCUGGAUCUGCUGAAGAGAAGACUGGCAUACCAACAGUUCCUUCUACGCCUUACUCACAUAGAGAGAAACCCAGUGUUUCCUACCAGCAGGAGUCACCAGACAGUCAUCUAACUGAACAGCCUCAGCAAAUUUCAGCUGUUUCUGGAUUUGUUGAUCAAAAGACUGGGGUUCCAACAGUACUGUCUACUCCUUACUCACAUAGAGAGAAACGCAUUGUUUUCUACCAGCAGGAGUCACCAGACAAUCAUUUAACUGAACAGCCUCAGCAAAUUUCAGCUGUUUCUGGAUUCGCUGACCAGAAGACUGGGGUUCCAACAGAACUGUCUACUCUUUACUCACAUAGAGAGAAACGCAUUGUUUUCUACCAGCAGAAGUCACCAGACAAUCAUUUAACUGAACAGCCUCAGCAAAUUUCAGCUGUUUCUGGAUUCGCUGACCAGAAGACUGAGGUUCCAACAGAACUGUCUACUCCUUACUCACAUAGAGAGAAGCCCAUUGUUUUCUACCAACAAGAGUCACCAGACAGUCAUCUAACUGAACAAUCUCAGCAAGUUUUAACUAUUCCUGGAUUCACUGAACUGAACACUGGGAUACUAACAGGGUCCUCUGGGUCCUACUCGUUUGAAGGAAAGCCCCAUAUUUUCUACCGGCAGGCAUUACCAGAUAGUCAUCUAACUGAAGAAUCUCUGAAAGUUUCAUCUGCUCCUAUACCAGGUGACCAGAAGACUGAUAUACUAACAGUACCCUCUAGUUCCAGCUCACAUAGAGAGAAGCCCAAUAUUUUCUACCAACAGGAGUUGUCAGACAGUCAUUUAACUGAACAGACUCAGGAAGUUUCAACUGUUUCUGGACCAUCAUCUGACCAGAAGACUGGGAUAACAACAGUUACUUCUACUUCUUACUUUCAUAGGGAGAAGCCCUUUAUUAUCUACCCACAGAGUUUAUCAAACAGUCAUCUACCUGAAGAGGCUCUGAAAGUUACAGUUUUUCCUGGACCAGCUGACCAGAAGACUGGGUUACCAUCAGAACCUUCUAGUUCCUACUCUACUAAAGAGAAACCUAUUAGUUUCUAUCCACAGGUCUUACCAGACAUUCAUUUUACUGAAGAGGCCCUGAAAGUUUCUACCAUUUCUGAACCACCUGACCAGAAUACUGGGGUACCAACACAGAGCUUGACAAAGGGUCAUGUACCUGAAGAGGCUCUGAAAGUUUUAGUUGUUCCUAGACCAGCUGACCAGAAGACAGGGGUACCAAUAGUACUCUCUACUUCCUAUCCACAUAGAGAGAAGCACAUUAUUAUUUCACCACAGGCCUUGCCAGACAGUCAUCUACUUGAAGAGGCUCUAAAAGUUUUAGCUGUUUCUGGACCUGCUGACCAGAAGACUGGGUUACCAUCAGAACCUUUUAGUUCCUACUCAGAUAGAGAGAAGCCCAUUAUUUUCUCCCCACAGAGCUUGACAAAGAGUCAUAUACCCGAAGAGGAUCUGAAAGUUUUAGCUGUUCCUAGACCAGCUGACCAGAAGACUGAGACUGAGGUACCAAUAGUACCCUCUACUUCUUACCCACAUAGAGAGAAGCACAUUAUUAUUUCACCACAGGCUUUGCCAGGCAGUCAUCUACUUGAGGAAGCUCUAAAAGUUUCAGCUGUUUCUGGACCUGCUGACCAGAAGACUGGGUUACUAUCAGAACUUUCUAGUUUCUACUCACCUAGAGAGAAGUCCAGUAUUUUCUCCCAACAAGAGUUGCUACAUAGUUAUCUAACUGAAGAGACUUUGAAAAUUUCAUCUGCUUCUGGAAUAGGUGACCAGAAGACUGGGGUACCAACAGUACCUUCAAGUUCCUACUCACUCGGAGGGAAACCCAUUAUUUUCUACCAACAGGCCUUACCAGAUAGACAUCUCACUGAAGAGGCUCUGAAUGUUUCAGCUUCUCCUGGACCAGCUGACCAGAAGAUUGGGAUACCUACAAUAACCUCUCCUUCCUACUCUCUUAAAGAGAAGCCCCUUAUUUUCUACCCACAGUCCUUGUCAGACAGGCAGCUAACUGAAGAGGUUCAGAAAGUUUCAGCUGUUCCUCUACCAAGUGACCAGAAAACCAGAAUACCGUUAGUGACCUCUGCUUCCUACUCAAAUAAAGAGAAACCCAUUAUCUUCUACCAGCAGGCCUCGCCAGAUAGUCAGCCAACUGUAGAAGCUCUGAAAGUUUCAACUGUUCCUGAACCAGGUGACCAGAAUACUAGAAAACCAGCAGUAACCUCUGCUGCUUACUCACAGAGAGAGAAGCCUGUUAUUUCUUACCAACAGAAGUUGCCAGGUAGUCAUCUAACUGAAGAGGCUCCGAAAGUUUCAGGUAUUCCUGGAACAGCUGACCAGAAGACUGGGUUACCCGUAGUACCAUCUAGUUUCUAUUCUUAUAGAGAGAAGCCCAUCAUUUCUUACCAGGAAGAAUUGUCAGAUCUUACUCAGACGGCUUUAAAAGUUUUAGGCAUUUCUGGACCAGGUAACCAGAAGACUAGGAUACCAGUAGUAACUUCUACUUCUUAUUCACAUGGAGAGAAGCCUGUUAUUUCUUACCAGCAAGACUUGCCAGAUCCUAAUGAAGAUGCUUUAAAUGCUUUAGUGGUUCCUGGACCAGUUGAUCAGAAGACUGGUAUACGAAUUGUGCCGCCUUCUUCCUAUUCACAUAGAGAAGGUUCCAUCUUUUCUUACCAGAAGGAAUUGCCAGAUAUUACUGAAGAAACUUUGGAAGUUUCCACUGUCCCUGGACCAGCUGACCAGAAGACUGCAAUACAAAUAAUCCCCUCUAGUUCCUACUCAUAUAAAGAGAAGGGCAGUAUUUUUAACCAGCAGAAGCUGCCAGAUACUACUGAAGAAGCUUUAAACGUUUUUGUUAUUCCUGGACCAGCUGACCAGAAGACUGAGAUACUAGCAGGACCUUCUAGUUCUUACUCACAUAAAGAGAAACCCAAGAUUUCGACUGUGAUUGGACCAGAUGACCAGAAGACUCCAUUACUGACAGUUUUUCAUAAUUCUUAUUCUCAGAGAGUAAAGCCCAGUAUUUUCUUUAAACAGCAUUUGCCAGGUAGACAUCAUGGUGAAGAUAUUCUGAAGAUUUCAUCUGUCCCUGAACCAACUGACGUGAAUUCUGGGAUACCAGUACAUCUUCCUAGUUCCUAUUCUCACAGAGAGAAAUCUAAUAUUUCCUACCCACAGGAAUUGCCAGACAAACAUCUAACUGAAGAUGUACUGAAGAUUUCAGCAAUUCCUGGAUCAGUUGACCAAACAACUGUGUUACCAGCAGCAACUCCUAGUUUUAUUUCACACAGAGAAAAACCAAAUACAUUCUCUCAGUGGGAUUUGGCAGAUAGGUAUCUAACUGAAAACGCCCUGAAGUUCUCACGUGGUCCUGGGCAAUCUGAUCAGAUUACUGGGUUAUCAACAGUUUCCCCUGGUGCUUAUUAUUCACAUAGUGAGAAGCACAAACUUGUUUCAGACCAUGUCCAAAAACUAAUAGAUAAUUUGGAUUCUCCUAACUCUAGUAUUAUCUCAAACAAUAUGUCUUUAAAUUCUCAGGCUGAUGGUAGAAUUGUAAUAAAUAAGCCAGAACCUUCAGGUUUUGAUGAUGUAGGCUCUGAGGAAUUCCAAUAUACAGACAAUGGUUCUAAAACUCUUAAAGAGAUUCGGACACUUUUAAUGGAGGCAGAAAAUAUAGCACUGAAACGAUGCAAUUUUCCUGCUCCCCUUGUCCCUUUCAGAGAUGUUAGUGAUAUUUCAUUUAUUCAGUCUAAGAAGGUGGUUUGCUUCAGAGAACCCCUUAAAACUGAUGAAUCUAAUGUCGAUUUGCCUCAGAGACAGCCAUUCACAGAGGAAAGCCCAAGCAACAAGUGUAUACAGAAAAAUAUUAGCACACAGACGAAUCUCAAAUGCCAGAGAGGCAUUGAAAAUUGGGAGUUUAUUAGUUCAACUACAGUUAGAAAUCCUCUACAAGAAGCAGAAAGCAAAGCUAGAGAGGGAUUAGAUGAAACCCUUCGGCACUGUAAAGCAGUCAAAUCUGUAAUGAGAUCUGAACCUGAAGGGUGUAGUGGAACCAUUGGGAAUAAAAUUCUCAUCCCUAUGAUGACUUUCAUAAAAAGUGAUUCAAGUAGUGAUGCAAGUUCCUGUUCAUGGGACAGUAAUUCGUUAGAGUCAGUUUCUGAUGUUCUUCUAAACUUACUUCCAUAUGCUUCACCGAGGACAAGCAUGACAGAUAGCAGAGAGGAAGAGGGUGUGUCAGAGAGUGAUGAUGGGUGUGGUAGUAGUGUAGAUUCACUGGCUGCACAUGUGAAAAACCUUCUGAAAUGUGAAUCCUCAUUGAAUCAUGCUAAACAAAUACUCAGAAAUGCGGAGGAAGAGGAAUGUCGGGUACGAGCACGAGCCUGGAAUCUGAAGUUUAAUAUGGCUCGUGACUGUGGCUACUCCAUUUCAGAAUUAAAUGAGGAUGACAGGAGAAAAGUAGAAGAGAUCAAAGCAAAAUUAUUUGGUCAUGAGAGAACAACAGAUUUGUCCAAGGGUUUACAGAGUCCACGGGGAAUAGGAUACAAGCCAGAAGCUGUCUGUAGUCACAUCAUUAUCGAGAGCCAUGAAAAAGGAUGUUUCAGGACUCUAACUGCUGAACAACCACAAUUGGACAGCCAUCCCUGUGUUUUCAGAUCUGCUGCACCCUUAGAAAUGAUCAGAGGACGACGGAGUCCAUCAUCAUGGAGAACCAGGCACUUCAACCUUUCCAACUCACUAGAUCAGAGCAACCCCCAUUUCAAAGUUUGGAAUUCCUUGAGGUUACAAAGUCAUUCCCCAUUUCAAAACUUUACAGCUGAUGACUUCAAAAUAAGCAAGGGUUUUCAAAUGCCAUUUCGUGAAAAGAUGGACCCUUGGCUGUCAGAAUUAGAACCUGCUUGUGUGCCACCUGAAGAAAUGGAUUGUCAUUCUUCAUCACAAAUGCUGCCCCCAGAGUCCAUGAAAAAGUUUACUACUUCCAUCACUUUUUCAUCUCACCGACAUUCUAAAUGCUUUUCAGAUUCCUCUGUUCUUAAGGUUGGUGUUACCGAAGGUAGCCAGUGUACUGGAGCAUCCGUAGGGGUAUUUAAUUCUCAUUUCACUGAAGAGCAGAAUCUGCCUAGAGAUCUAAAACAGGAAAUCUCUUCCCCUUCGUCAUUUAAAAUCAUUAGUCAUUCACCAGAUAACGCUGUGACAAUUUUAGCAGAAAGUAGUAGGCAAGGCCAAAAAUUAUCUGUUGAACAGUCUCACCAAGAAGAACAACUCUUAGAAAGACCAGGCAGUCAUUCUGAGCCUAGUCCCAGUACAAAUAUUAACAAAUUCAAGGAAGUUCAUUUUUCUGAUAACCAUACUCUCAUUAGCAUGGGCAGACCAAGUUCUACACUAGGAGUAAAAGAGAAGAGUGUAACUAUAACUCCAGAUCUUCCUUCGCAUAUAUUUCUUGACCAACGAGAGCUCUUUGAACAAUGCAAAACCCCAUAUGCAGAUCACCAUGUGAGAAAACACCAUUCUCCCCCUCCUCAAAAUCAGGAUUUUGUAGCUCCGAACCUUCCUUGUCGCAUUUUUCUUGAAAAACGAGAACUCUAUGAACAAAGCAAAGCCCCACAUGUCGAUCAUCAGAUGAGAGAAAGCCACUCUCCCCUUCCGCCAGGUCAGGAUCAUUUAGUUUUAGACCUUCCUUCUUCCAUUUUUCUUGAACAACGCCAACUCUUUGAACAAAGCAAAGCCCCAGGUGUAGAUCACCACAUGCGAAAACAAUAUUUCCCCCUUCCUCAAGAUCAGGAUUACGUAGUAGAAAACAAAGAACAACAUCAGCCUAAAUCAUACAUUUCUAAUAUAAAUGUUGAAGCCAAGUUCAAUAAUGAGGUCUCCCAAUCAACCCCAAGUCAAAGUACAUUAAUAACAUCUCCAUCUACUCCACCUUCAAAUAGAAAAGCACUUUCUUGUGUCCGUAUAACUCUUUCUCCCAAGACUCCUUCCAAGUUGGAUAGUGGAACCUUAGAUAAAAACUUGAUUACAUUGGAUCCUGCUUCUAAAACAAGGAUGAAUAGUGAGUUUGACUUUGACCUACAGAGUAAAUCUUCAAGAUCAUUGGAACCAACCUCCAAAUUACUGACCAGUAAACCUAUAGGUCAAGAAUCUUUAGAUUUUCUAGGAUCUAAAUCUUCACCGGACUUUCAAGUCGUACAGUCUCCUCUUCCAGCUAGUAAUACUCAGGACUUGAAAACAAUACCUUUUCAGAAUAGCCAGAUAGUAACCUCAAAACAAACACAAGUGAACUUUUCAGAUUUGGAAGGAUAUUCCAGUCCAGAAGGGACUGCGGUAUCUGCAGAUCGGUCACUAGGGGAGAUUAAGCCCUCAUUUUCUGCCUUCUCUGGAAAAUUAUCAUCUGAUGCAGUCACUCAGAUAACAACAGAAAGUCCAGAAAAAACCAUGUUUUCAUCUGAGAUUUUUAUUAAUGCUGAAGAUCGUGGACGUGUAAUUCCAGAGCCCAGUACCCAGAAGUUGGGCAAAGUUCCUGUCAAGUUUGCUUCAUCAUCUUCAGUCCAGCAGAUUACUGUUCCUCAUGGCACAGAGGGAGCCCAGCCUUCACUGUUGCCAUAUAAGCCUUCUGGUAGUACGAAGAUGUAUUAUGUUCCACAAUUAGGUCAGAUUCCUUCAUCUACGUCUGGAGAUUCCAAAUCAGACACCACCGUCGAGAGCUCACACUCAGGCUCCAACGAUGCCAUUGCUCCAGACUUCCCAGCUCAGGUGCUAGGCACGAGAGACGAUGACCUGGCACUCACUGUUAAUAUUAAACAUAAAGAGGGGAUCUAUAGUAAGAGGGCAGUGACAAAGGCAUCUUUGCCAAUGGGGAAAAAGCUCUUUCAGAAAGGUAAAACAGAUGCCCAAGUUCAAGUUCUUAUCACUGAAGAUGAGAACCUCUCAGAGAAAAAACAGAAAACCGAGGUCUACAGUAAAAUGGCAAAGACUAAGGCUCCCCAACCUGAAGAAAAAGAAUCCUUGCAGAAAGAUACUGCAGGUUCUAGUCGUGCUGCUACUACAGAGCGCUCAGCUCAACAAGACAAAAAAAUUGAAAGCCCAUCAGUCAUUAAAGCCAUUAAACGGAAAGAGGAGAUCCAUAGUAAGAGGACAGUUCCUAAGGAAGCCUGGUCAGAAGAGAAAGAAUCCUUGCAGAUAGAUAUUGAAGAGUCCAGUUGUCAUUCAGAAUUUGAAAAUACUACCCAUUCUGUGUUCAAGUCAGCCAAGUUUUACUUUCAUCAUCCAGUGCACCUACCCAAUGAUCAAGAGUUUUGCCAUGAAUCCUUAGGGAGGAGUGUUUUCAUGAGACAUUCUUGGAAAGAUUUCUUUCAGCGUCAUCCAGAUAAACAAAGAGAACACAUUUGUCCUCCUCUCCCUUGUCAAAAUGAGGAAAAAACGAAGACAGAUUAUACCAGAGUAGAGAGCCUCAGUAUCAAUGUAAACUUGGAAAACAAAGAAGUAAUACAUCCUACUAAAAGUCAGGCUAGAAAUUAUGCAAAAUGUGACAAACAAAUUAAUGAUCAAAAAAAAGAUCAUAAGGUCGCCCCAGAGCCAACAACUCAGCACACUGCAAAUUUGAAUGAACUCUGGAACAAGUAUCAGGAGCGGCAGAAGCAACAGAAAUGUCCAGGAUCCAGUGACAGGAAAGAACUGUCCUUGGUGGAACGACUUGAUCGUUUGGCUAAACUACUUCAGAAUCCCAUCACACAUUCUCUUCUGCCCUCAGAAAGUACACAAGAUGAUAGCAGAGGGGAACGAGAUGCUAAGGAAUCAUGUGGUAGACAUGAACAGCAGAAAAACAAGCUUCAGAAAAAGAAGCGGUAUAAAAGCUUAGAGAAAUGCCAUAAGAACAUCGGAGAUCUUAAAAAAAACAAGGUGCUUUCUACUCAGCAAGCUGGAAGGUCCGAUCAAAUUAAGAUUGAACAGGUUAAAUUUGAUAAAUAUAUUCUGAGGAAACAGCCAGAUUUUCGAUAUAUAAACAACACUUCUUCAGAUUCUAGACCCUCAGAGGACAGUGAGCUGCUCACAGAUACUGCCACCAACAUCCUUUCUACCACUACUUCUCCUAUGGAAUCAGAUAUAUUCACCCAAACAGAUAAAGAAGUGACUUUGCAAGAGAGGAGCAGCUCUAUUUCCACCAUCGACACUGCCCGAUUGAUCCAGGCUUUUGGCCAUGAAAGAGUUUGUCUGUCACCCAGGCAAAUUAAAUUAUACAGCAGUAUCACUGACCAUCAGAGGAGAUACAUUGAGAAGCGGAACAAGAACAAGAAGAAAGCAUUGACUACAGGUUAUCCCCAAAUGAGUUCUGAGCACACCAGAAGGAAACACAUCCAGGUGGCAAAACAUAUGAUAUCUUCUGACUCAUCUUCUACCAGUAGUUUCUGGAGCUCAAACUCUACCUUUUGCAACAAGCAAAAUGUACAUAUGGUAAAUAAGGGCGUGCAAGCAGGUAACUUGGAGCUUGUGAAUGGUGUCAAAAAAAACACUCGAGAUGUUGGGAUGACUUUCCCAACUCCAAGUUCUAGCGAGGUUAGAGUGGAAGAGGACAGUGAUAUGACUUCUUGGUCAGAAGAAAAAAUAGAAGAGAAAAGGCCCCUUACCAGUUGUCUUGUGGACAGAAAGUUACGGAAGAACAAGCAGAGUUGCUGUGAAGGAGUUUCUUGGUUUGUUCCUGUGGAAAAUGUGAGAACUGGUCCUAAGAAGGAAAACCUGCCUGAGUUUCAUGGCCCUGGUAUCUCCUGGUUUGCACCAAUAACCAGCACCAAACCCUGGAGGGAGCCACUACGGGAACAGAACUGGCAGGGUCAGCACAUGGACCGCUCUUGGUCACCAGCAGGCCCAGGCAGAGGUUCACUGAAGCCAUUUGUGAGAGCAUCCCUACAGGAAUCACUUCAGCUUCACAGACCUGACUUCAUCUCCCGCUCUGGGGAGCGGAUAAAACGCCUAAAGUUAAUAGUCCAGGAGAGGAAACUGCAGAACAUGUUGCAGAGUGAGCGCGAGGCACUGUUCAACACUGUGAAAGAAUGGCAGAGCUACCAGGACCCCAUAUGCCCACUCCCUAAGAGAGGCUUCCUGGCUGCCCAAAAAGACAGACUCAUUGGAAAGAAGGAAAUGAUUCAGAGGUCUAAACGGAUUUAUGAGCAGCUUCCAGAAAUACAGAAGAAGAGAGAAGAGGAAAAGAGAAGACUGGAAUAUAGGUCAUACCGUUUGAGAGCCCAGCUGUAUAAAAAGAAAGUGACCAAUCAACUCUUGGGGAGAAAAGUUCCCUGGGAUUGACAUAAGAUUAUUUUCCUCAGAGCCUUGGAAUUUUAUUUUGUCAACCUGAAGAAGCACAACUUUACUUUUAUGAGUCUGGUUUAAUAAAACUAACUCUUUGUCUAUGUCUAAUUUAGAAGUAGUAACCUUCUAAAGAGUCUGGGGCAAAGUGGUGAUUAAGAUAAUUAAUGGUUUAGAAGCAAUAUUUUCUCUACGGUGGCCUUGCCCACUGGGUCGUUUGUUACAACAAUUUUAUCUCUUAAUUCUAGCCAAGAAUAAGUCCCUUUUUGUAUGUGUUUUUAUGCUUUUAGAAAAUAAAUAACUUCUUAUUGAUUCAUUGUAAA